AUGAAAGAUCAAGAGGGUCAGGAACCUCUUACGAUCCAAGCUUCCUCACAUGGCUUUGAGUGGUGGAGAAAAAAGUUUCAAUACACCACAGGACUUGGGCUCACACCUGAACUGAAGCAAGAAUAUGAAAGGGACUUCAAAUUUAUUGCUCAAAAUAAAAAAUGUAAGACUUGCUACAACGAUAGAGAUUGGAUUCUAAACUAUUCGCCUACCGUGACCUUUUUGAUAAAACAAAUUUAUAAGCUCGAAGAAAGCAAAAACAGUAUAGUCGACCGUGGUAAUCUACUCAAGUUCAAUUCGAGCAAAAUAAUCUGCGAAUCUUGUCCAGACUGGAAGAGUGGUGGAUUCCACCCUGAAAUAGGAAUACUGCUGUGUCACAAUCGACUUCGGGAUAAAUGGCAUCUAGAGGAUACGUUGGCUCAUGAAUUGAUCCACUGGUUUGACAAUUUAAGAUGGGAUGUGGACUGGACAAAUCUGAAACAUCAUGCUUGUUCAGAGAUAAGGGCUUCUUCUUUGAGUGGAGAGUGUCGAUUCUGGCAAGAGUUUAAAAGACGUGGUUUCAAUACUGGGUUUGAACUGAACAGAGGCCAUCAAAAUUGUGUUAAAAGGAGGGCUCUCUUAAGUGUCAUGGGGAACCCAAAUUGUCCCUCUAAGGAACAUGCUGAGAAAGUUGUCGAAGAAGUUUGGGAAACAUGCUUCAAUGACACAAGACCAUUUGAUGAAAUAUAUAGGUGA